CAACCCCCCACCCAUUGGGCACAGCUUGUUUUUCCCAACAAUUUCCCUGGUAUCUUCAGAACCCUAAAUCACAGAUGAUGUUUUCUCAGUGAGAAGAGUUUAUAAGGCUGUGCUAUCAUGAAGCAUAAAUCAUUCCCUGUAGGAAAGUAUAAAUGUGGCUUACUAAAUAAAGAGGAAGCUCAUCCAUAGAUAACAGAGGCCAGCGCAGAACAUAGCAUCCUUCCCCAAUAUCCUGAGAGAACAACAGAGAAGACAGCACCUGAUUUUGAAGACCUCAUAGAUAGUGGCUGCAACCAGAUCUGGAGAGGUAGUGGUCAUCUUUGCAACCAAAAACAAGAAACACUUUUUAUUCAUAUACCUCUAUCCACAACCUGAAAGGUAAGAAUCAAGGAGACCUCAAUCUAAAACUGCAAAGGACGAGAUUAGAAACGCAUAUAAGGAGCUAUAUGCAGAGACCUUCAAAGAUGCUAAACUUCUGAUCUUUGGAAUAACCAAAAGGUUCCAGUCCAGGUCACACAAAAGUGUAUUAUUGAAUAUUCUCAGCCUAAAUCACAAAAAAACUUUUAGAUAUCUAAAAAAGUUUAAAGGAAAGGUGGCCCAACAAUAACAUUAGCCAUUGACUGGGUAAGAAAAGUCUCCAGUGUGAAGAAGCACAAUCCAAAUCUACACAGUUAUCUCUAUUAAACUAAGGCUUGAAGACAGUGGUUGAACAUGGGAGAUCUCUCGCCUGCAGAAACCUCUACUGCUGUUAAAGUCCCUCCAGCAGAUCCCACCUUUGAGAAGAUUAGCUUGGGAGAGCUGUCCGCAGUUUCAGCCGAGCCCCCGGAGAUAUGGAAGAAAGGAGGCCGUCUCCUCUCGGGGAUGCUGGGAAUAAAUAUAGUUCUGCUGGGGUGCGGGCUGGUUAGCAGCGGUGCAUUUACAGCUGUUUCAGUGGCAGAACGUGAGGUGCUGUCCUUCCUCAGUGUCCUCAUGGGGCUCACUAGUAUCUGGAUGGUCUCCUACCUCCUGUGGACGUCAAAGCACAAAAAUAAUCCCAAACUGAAAGAUUCACAUGCUGGGCCUAUCUGGCUGAGAGGGGGUCUGGUGCUCUUUGGAGUGUGCAGUCUGGUUCUGGACAUUCUGAAGAUUGGUAAAUCGGUCACUCUGAUACAUUGUGAAUCACCAGUCAAAAUUGCCCACCCUGUUAUACAGGUUGUGUUUGUGGUAAUACAGACCUAUUUUCUUUGGGUCUCCUGUCAGGACUGUGCACAGAUACACAUGAAUCUCACCAGGUGUGGCCUCAUGAUAACUCUCAGCACUAACCUGGCAAUAUGGAUGGCGGCUGUAACAGACGAGUCUUUGCAUCAGACACAUGAGUUAAUUACGGGUGUGAACCAUACAUCCAAUGCUACCACUGGUGUUAGAGCAGCUGGUGGAGGAUCACAUGGAUGUGAUUGUGUAACCCAAUUGUGUAAAACCUUUCAGAAUGGCUAUUAUUAUCUGUAUCCCUUUAAUAUCGAAUACAGCCUCUUUGCUUCGGCCAUGUCCUACGUAAUGUGGAAGAACGUGGGGCGAGUGACGAGUGAACACCACCAUCACACACAGCACAAGUUCAAAACUCGAAAUCUGUUUGUAGGACUCCUUUGUGGUAUCGGAGUCCUUGUUGCCGGUCUUGGAGUCUUCAUUAUUUAUAAGAUUGAGGUGGACAUAGAGGACAGCAAAUCACAAGCAAUUACCAUGUUUUACAUUUUUAAUAUCACAGCCCUUAGCCUAAUGUCCAUUGGUUCACUUGCUGGAACCAUCAUCUAUCGGUUUGACAAAAGGGACAUGGACAACCACAAGAAUCCCACUAGGACUCUAGAUGUGGUCCUGCUUCUUGGGGCUGCCCUUGGGCAAUAUUGUAUUUCCUAUUUCUCCAUAGUAGCUAUGAUAGCCAUGCAACCAGGAGAGCAGUUGCACACCCUGAUCUUGGUAAAUGCUUUACUCUUGAUUGUGCAACACACCCUGCAAAACACUUUCAUUAUUGAGGGCUUGCACCGGCAUCCCCACACAAAUAAUCACCACCCUGCUGAACUACAGGAAAAAGAUCUUUCCCCCCAUGUCUAUAUCAACCCAGCAGCCACUGACUCCCACAGCAAUCACUCCCCUUCCAGUAAUGGAAAACAUGAAUAUGAGCUGGAGACAAAGCACAAUAGGACUCCCACCAUCUUCCCAGAAAACUCUAAAACUGACUGGAGAAGGAAGAUCCUGAAGGAGAUUUCUUUGUUCCUCCUCGUUUCUAACAUCAUAUUUUGGAUUAUACCCGCUUUUGGUGCCAGACCUCAGUUUGACAACGGCUUGGAACUUCAAUUCUACGGGGACAACAUGUGGGUGGUGAUUGUCAACAUUGGUCUUCCCUUUGGGAUCUUCUACAGGAUGCACUCUGUUGCCAGCCUUGUGGAAGUCUAUAUCAUGACUUAACCAGCCCUGUGGAAUGCCAUUGUGAUGUUUGAACCCAUAUGACUGAGCUCAUCCAACUAAGACUAAAGUUCUUUUCUUAUUGCCAAACACAGCACCUACCUUUGCUCAGACACUAAGGCCUCUCAGUUAUUCAUGGACAAAUCACAACUACUUUCUGCAUUCCUGUCCAAGGUUAUUCAUAAAUACAGCACGGAUACGAAAUACUGGAAGGAAUGCUGCCAUAAUAUUUACUGCCUAAUCCUAUUAUUUUUUACACUAGUUAUAAAAUCACACUGUUGUUUUCCACUGCAUUUGAUUUCAUAUAUUUAUGUAAUUUAAAGUUUAAUCGUUGUGUUUGUUUUGUCUCAGACAAGCUCUUAUCUCUUCCACUUAUCUAGUUGAAUAAAACAAAGACUUCUCUGGCAGCAAUGUA